AAGAGCACGUCUUUCUUACAGAUUUCAUGUCCUUGUUUCCGCAUCUUGGCACCUGUGACUAUCAUACCACAGCAUAACAAUGAUACUGAAUUGCAUGGUCACAGAUGACAAAAAAUGCUCAAACGUGAAAUAAAAUGCAGUGUUGUAAAAGGAAGUCAGAAUUGUUUAUGUACAGCACGAAAGCUUUUUCUUUUUAAAACCUAAAUGGGGGCGAUAAGCUUUCGGGGGGCGGGGCGGGGGUAAAUGGCAGUGGCAGAGGGUGGCCGUCAGUGUGGCAAGGCACCUUUAACUCGGCGGCGUGACCUGGGCGUCCUGGGCCCAGGGCCCUGGCCCUGACGACGGCUCAGCGCCCCCUCCUCCCCCGCGCGCCGCGCGCACUGUUGUCCUAUAGCGAUUGGUUGUCCGACCAGAAACAGCUGUGCAGAACAGUGCAGCGUGCAGGGGCUGAGGACCUGAAACCAGCCAGGCCGGCUGGCCGUGGCUUACACACGGGAGCGACCAGAGAGAGGAAGAGCCUGAGGCCCCUUGCGCUGCGUUCUCCUGGCGGCGUGGAACCGGCGCCCCUGCGUUUGCGGCGGUCGCGGGGCCUCGCGGUGGUGCCUCCGCCCUCCGGCUCUAGCUGACCUCGGGUUUGGCGCAGGUGGGCAAGGAGGGCACCGCGCACUCCCAGUUCCCACGAAGUCUCGUGCUCCGGGCGAGGGGGAGGGAAUCUCCUCGAAAUAUGUAAAUAGCCAAGCGCUGUCUCCGGGCGGGGGCAGCAGCCAAGGUCCCGUCGCCGCCGCCACAGGCUGUUUUGCAUGAAAAUGAGAAGCCUGACUGGAUCAGUGCAGCACUCCGAGCAGCUAGGUGAUUAGCAUCAAACUGGGCGGCCGUCCCGCUCUCAGCCCUUGGCAGCCCCCGAGCCGCGGUGCCCCCGCGGGGCCGGUCGGCGGGCUCGGAGUCCCGGGCAGCCACGGCUCCGGUCGCCGCCUGGGCCGGUGAGUAGCUGCGCGCCUGCGGAGGAGCACGGCGUGUCGGCGCGCACGCCCACCCACCACUCACCCGCACCCACGCACGCCGCCGGAGCCCCGGAGCGAGGAGGGAGACUGACGCGGCGCCGCAGUCGCCGGGACUACUCGGGCUCUUCCUGGAUUCCGCAGGAGCCCGCCCUGCCGCAGCUGCUGCCUGCGGAGCCCGCCGCGGUCCCUGCGCUCUCGCGCCCCCCGUUCGAGCCUGUGUAAUGAAGACGGUCUCCCGGAGACUGCAGGGGGCCCCGCGCCAGUCUGCGCCGGGGACUGCGGGCCGCGCGGCCUGAAGGCCCGGGGGGACACGUCUUGGACACUGUCAUCCCCGCGCCUCGCGCUGAGCCGCCUGCUGCGCUGGGGCUGCCGCUGCCCCUUGAGCUUCCCGGGCGUCCGAUCGCGGGUCAGCCCAGGAGGCCUCGGCUUCCUCAUUUGUUUGGGUCUUUUGUACGAGGCUCACAGUUGGCUAAGCACUCCUGCGCUGAAUCGGGCCAUUGUCUGCUCUCCCAUUGCCUUCAUGCUGCAAGUCUCGGCGCCCCCACCCCGCCCGCCCCCUGCCCGCCUCCUCCUGGCCUGGGAGCCUCCUAACGUGCCUUUCCCCCCCAGGAAUCUGGAAGCUAUAAGCCGAGCGGAUUGCAAAUGAAGUGUAAUGCUUUGUGGGACGUGUGUAAAAUCGGAGCCUUCGCCGUGGGGGUGUGGGGGGGCGUGGGGAGGGCCGGACCCGCCGCUGGAGGUGUAGACGCCGACGAGGAGGGGCUGGGAAAAUGUGCGCAGAGUCCGCCCGGGUCGUGCGCGCCGUAGACUGAUGAAGCACCGCGCCCGGCGCUGAGGCCCCAGGAUUGGGGCAGCAGGUCGCCCUCCUCACCAUGAAGAAGACCCGGAGCACAACCUUGCGGCGAGCCUGGCCUAGCUCGGAUUUCUCUGACCGGGCCUCGGACCGCAUGAGGUCCCGCAGCGAGAAGGACUACCGCCUGCACAAGCGCUUCCCCGCGGCCUUCGCGCCCCAGGCUUCGCGGGGCUACAUGACAUCAGGUGAUGUAUCACCAAUCAGUAUGUCUCCCAUCAGUCAGUCUCAGUUCAUUCCACUCGGGGAAAUCCUUUGCUUGGCCAUCUCAGCAAUGAACUCAGCAAGAAAACCUGUUACUCAAGAAGCACUGAUGGAACACCUGACAACGUGUUUCCCAGGUGUUCCAACCCCAAGCCAAGAAAUCCUGCGGCACACACUUAACACGCUGGUACGGGAAAGGAAAAUCUAUCCAACUCCAGAUGGCUAUUUCAUUGUGACCCCACAGACUUAUUUCAUAACUCCUUCCCUCAUAAGAACUAACAGUAAAUGGUACCAUUUGGAUGAGAGGAUACCUGACAGGUCUCAGUGUACCUCUCCGCAACCUGGAACCAUAACGCCCUCUGCCUCAGGCUGCGUCAGGGAAAGGACAUUACCCAGAAACCACUGCGACUCUUGCCACUGCUGCCGAGAAGACAUGCACAGCAUGCACGCAUCAACUCUGCAGAGGAAACCCACCAAGGACUGCAAAGACCCUUACUGCCCUCCUUCACUGUGCCAGGUGCCACCCACUGAAAAGAGCAAAAGUACUGUAAAUUUUUCUUAUAAGACAGAAACUCUCUCAAAACCUAAAGAUAGUGAAAAGCAGUCAAAAAAAUUUGGGCUCAAAUUAUUCCGGCUAAGUUUUAAGAAAGAUAAGACCAAACAAUUAGCUAAUUUCUCUGCUCAGUUUCCUCCUGAGGAGUGGCCCCUGAGAGACGAGGACAUGCCAACCACUAUCCCUCGGGAAGUGGAGAUGGAAAUCAUUCGGCGUAUUAACCCUGACUUGACUGUGGAAAAUGUCAUGAGGCACACAGCGCUGAUGAAGAAACUUGAAGAAGAAAAAGCACAUAGGAGUAAAGCAGGAUCCUCUGCUCACCACAGUGGACGAAGUAAAAAGAGUAGGACUCAUCGGAAGUCGCAUGGGAAGUCUCGGUCACACAGCAAGACACGAGUAUCUAAAGGAGACCCUUCAGAUGGCUCACAUCUGGAGAUCCCUGGUGAAAGAGAGUAUGACUUUUGUGACCCUCUGACCAGGGCACCCAGGGAGGGCUGCUUCAUCAUUGAACACAAAGGAGAUAACUUCAUCAUGCACAGCAACACAAACGUAAUUGAGUCCCAUUUCCCCAUGACACCAGAAUGGGAUGUGUCUGGCGAAUUGGCCAAAAGGAGAACUGAGAUGCCUUUUCCAGAACCUUCCAGGGGAAGCUCCCACUCAAAAGUACACCGAAGUCACAGCCAUACCCAGGACCGAAGGUCCAGGAAUGAGAGAUCGAACAAAGCCAAGGAGAGAUCCAGAUCGAUGGAUAACUCCAAAGGCCCCCUGGGUGCUUCUUCUCUAGGCACACCUGAAGACCUAGCUGAAGGCUGUAGCCAAGAUGAUCAGACCCCCAGCCAGUCCUACAUUGAUGACAGUACUUUAAGGCCUGCACAGGCUGUUGGCCAUCAAAGGGCUCACAUUUCAUCCACAAGCUAUAAAGAGGUAUGUAUUCCAGAAGUAGUUGGUGGUGGCAAGGAACCUUCCAGUGCUUGUAGCCUUUUGGAGGCAGGCAAGCCCCCCGAGAGUUUGCCAUCCUAUGGUGAACUCAACUCUUGCCCAACAAAAACAGCCACAGAUGACUACUUCCAGUGUAACACCUCUAGUGAGACGGUGCUCACGGCACCAUCACCUCUGGGGAAGAAUAAGGAGGACCAUGACACACUGACUCUGGUGGAAGGGGUGAAGAAGUUGUCUCCAUCUGACAGGCAGGCCCCUCAUUCCUCCAGGGAGCCCGUUGGGCACAAGGAAGAGUCCCCAAAAGGACCAGGUGUGGGCCCUGCCACUUCGGGAGGAGUGGCUGAAGGGAUUGCCAAUGGACGUCUGGUCCAGCACCAUAGCACUGAGCCCAGCAGCCUGGAUAAGAGGAAAGAGAUAUUCAGCAAAGACACACUGUUCAAACCUCUUCACAGCACCUUGUCUGUAAACAGCUAUCACAAAUCAAGCCUGUCCCUCCUCAAAUCUCACCCAAAGACACCUGCUGACACAAAAUCAGGCCGAUGCGAGAAACUGGAAUCUUCCCUGGGGAACUCGGCAGCCCAAGCCAUGCCUGCCUCCCAGCGUCAGCAGGAGUCAGGAGGGAACCAGGAAGCUUCUUUUGACUAUUACAACGUCUCCGAUGAUGACGACUCUGAGGAAGGGGCGAACAAAAACACAGAGGAGGAGAAAAAUAGAGAUGAUGUAGGCACCAUGCAGUGGCUCCUCGAGAGGGAGAAGGAAAGAGACUUGCAGAGGAAAUUUGAGAAGAACCUCACCCUCCUUGCCCCAAAAGAAACUGACAGCAGCAGCAACCAGAGAGCCACCCAUUCAGCCCGGCUUGACAGCAUGGACAGCAGCAGCAUCACUGUGGACAGUGGAUUCAACUCCCCACGUACUCGAGAGAGCCUGGCUUCCAACACAUCAAGCAUUGUUGAAAGUAACCGUCGUCAGAAUCCUGCUUUGAGUCCAGCCCACGGUGGAGCUGGUCCAGCCUUCAACUUUCGCGCAAAUACAGAUCCCCCGACCAGUGAAGCUGAGAAAUUACAGAAACCAUCCAACUGCUUGCAAGCUUCUGUUACUAGUGUGUGAUAGUCCUUCUGCCUCAGAUCUUCUGUCUCAUUUGAUACAGCAAAGUUUACGACACUGGGACUGAUGUUUACAUCUUCAGAAAGACAAGCAUCUCAGGCACAGUUUUGGGGUUUACUUAAACUGUGCUGCUAAGUAGGCUAGGGCAAAAAAAUCUUUAUUUCAGAGUAUUGCUUUUCACAUUUAUGGCUCUGUAGCAACUGAAUAGCAGUAGGGGUGAUAUGUAUACUUUUGCUUCACUAAUUGUAUCUGAGCACACAUAGGAAAGUCUAGACACUGUAAGUGAAGUAUGCAUUUUCAAUGUCAUGCAGUUGCCAAUUCCAUUUUAAAAUGCCACAGAUGUGUGUUGCUCCCAGUCUGUGGUUAAAUGGGGCCACAGAACUGAUCCUUGACACUUUCAAAAACAAGAAAAACCCCCAAGCCACCACAGAAUGUCAAAUGCAAGGGUCCACCUUGAGGGAAAUCAAUGCCAAACUGACCAGAAGGGAUCCAGCCCUUUGUGUGUGAAUUGUUUAUGCACCAGUCAUUUUUCACUGUGAGUUUUUGUGACACUAUUUUCCAGGAGCCCAUGAAAGUGUGUCAGAAGGGUUGCGAUGGAAAUACUGGGAGUAUAUUCAGGAUUUUGCUUUCAGAUGUUAACAGAUGCUUGUCUUGAUUUUGAACCUUCCAUAAUUACAAACAGGAAUAUAGGCCUUUGAAUCUGAAGUGGACAAAGGAAGGGAAUUGCCAGUCUGGCUGGGGCACACCAGUAAAUGAUGGAAGAGGUAAUGUGGACUUUUAAAAGGUAUUAAUCAAAUAUUGAAGGAAGAUGAUUUCCUCCUUGUGAUACUUAUGACGAUCCUAUCUUACUAUAAUAGAUACAAUAAUUAGUUUGUUUAAAAGCAAAAUGUUCUUUGUGAUACAAAUGAAGAGUAUGGCCCGAGGAUGUUAUUCUUUCUAAUGGAAGGAUAUAAAUCUAUUUUAUGUAGUUUUAAAUAGAAUGCCUAAAUUAGGCUGUGGAAGAUAGUUUUUAGUGGUUAUAGGAAGGAGCAAAUUUAGGGAGAGUUGAACUUCAGGCCUUUUAUUCCUGGGAAGAUAUCUAUAGAGAAUACUUUUAAAGUAAUUUUUGAUUAGAAAUAUACAUGUGCCCAUGUAAUAAACAACAGAAUGUGCUCAUUCUGCUAAUGUGGUAUAAUCAAAAUUUGUACUCCCCUAAAAUCUAUUGUAAUAACAAUUAUGCAUACAUGAACUAUGCCAGAGUAAUGUUUACAGAUACUUUGUAACCAAUUUCAGGAGGCUUUUUUUAAGGUGGAUGUAUAGUAAUUAGCCCAACUCAUUUUAAGAUGGUUUGUUAACAUUUUGCUUUGUUUUACAAUGUCAAGUUGAAUACAAAGAAAGCUCAACAGCAAAGGGAUUGUGAACAUUUAUGAUUCAAUCUUAAGAGGAAAGAGAUGUCCCUAUGUUAUAUUUUCUGAGAGCAAUGGAAUACAUCUGUAGAUAAUGGAAAACAAUGUCCAAAAGGGUUACAUCUGACCUAACUAGUGAUCUGACCGAAAGUUGUAUUUAGUUUUAAGAAGCAUGUGCUAGUUGGAGCCAUACACCAUAAAUUAUAUAUAUAUGUACAUAUAUAUGUACAUAUAAAUGUAUAUAUAAUAUAUAAAAUUUUGUCACUUCAGAUUUUUUAAAUUGGCAUAAAAUUUAUAGGACACUUCUGUUUCCACAUUAGAUUUAAUCACUUAACAAUUUGUUUAAGGAAGGCAGAUAAGUAGUCAGACGAAUCCUUGAAACAUAUGAAUACUUUCUCAUGUUUCAUCAGCUAUUUGGAAGUUGCAUUGGGUCAAACCGGACUCCUCAAGUUUGGUUUAAGUUCUUUUGAGGGGCUUAUUAUAGUAAAAUUUAAGCACACUUCUUAGUAAAUUGUCACAUCGUUAAAAUGCUUAAAUCAGUCAGUUUUCAAUCUCAUGCCUUAUUCCUCCAAGGCAUGCCUCAAUUGCUCAGAAAUGCAUUAUUUCAUUGCUUAAAUAUUUCCAGAAGGAAUGAUAAUGUAUCUAGUAGACUACAUAGUCUGUUUCCUUGGGGAGUUGUAUACGAUACAGUUACUAAAUUUUUCUGUCUAAAUUUAGUUUUUUUAAAAAAACCUACUCUCAAAUUUUUAUCAUAUUCAGUUCAUAAAUAAUAUAACCAUUCAUACAACACAUCAGCCUCUGGCUGACUCUCUUGAAAGUAGCCAUUGAAAUAAUCAAAUAUUAUGUGUGCAGGAAGGGAAAUCAUUACAUUCAAGAGAAGCUUUAAGAUAUGAAUUUAUUGGUGUUUCACAAGAAAUAGGUCUACAGAAGACAUUAUUCAAAUAAAAUGUGUAUGCUAUUUGCUUGAUGCUAUGGGGUACAUGAUUCUUUAAAUGAACACUCCCUUAGACCAACAGCCAUUAGCGUAGAAAUGGUGGGUUUUAGAGAUGAUAUACCAUGUACACAGAUCUUUUGUGUAGAAAUAAUUUCAUCUGAAUAUAAUCUGGAUUCUUGAGGAGGAGUAGUGGCAGAAAGUGCAUGACAAAUGUGAUUUGUGACAUGUGACAAAGGCACAUGUCCAAGAUGGCCUCACCCAGUGAUGAGACUCUUGAUGUCCACAUCUUUGAGCCCUCUCCAAGCUUUGCCAAUGUUCUUUUCCUCCAGUGAAACCAUAGCUUUGUGUUACAUGACUGCUAAUCUAGUUAUAGAGUUUAUCAACUGAAAGGUUUACAAAACUGAAUCUGGUUGAAUCUCUGUGAGGCGUUCAACUUUAAGGGGUCAACACAUCUGUCGGCAUUUUGCACACUUAUGUAUUAUUAUGAUACAGCAUAUUACUUUAUGGUAAUUUUUAUUUUUACAUAUAACUACCUCCAUGAAUUUGAUGAUAUUGCAGCAGUGUGUUAAAGUGUAUUGUUCAGAAAAGCAACGUUUAAAACUUUAUUCAACAUGAGGCCAUGGCUUUGUGUGUGUGUGUCAAUGGUGGCCUAUGUGGACUCAUGACUUUUUCAUUGCCAUGGUUUUCUUUCAUAGCAUUCUUUGGCUUUCAGCUAUAAUCCUGUAUUCUCCUCUCUUCCCCAUGAAAAUGCACUUGAUUUUGUCACGAGUGAACAGAAGUUUAAAAAUUCUUGUCUUCCCUCUUCUCCAUUCCUGCGAAAAGUUCUCUCUGGCAAAGAGCCAAUUGGUAAACAUAAUUUGGCAAGCUAUUUACUCCUAUAGAAAUCUGAUUUGACUGCUAGGUUUUCAGUAACAGAAGACAACAAAAAUUUGGUCUGCCAACUCCGAAGCACUUUGGUCCUCUCUGCCUCGAUCGCAUGCUACCCUAUUGAGCCCCAACUUCACUUUCAUUAAAAGAGAUGUGCCAUGCGUUCCAUGAUUUCUGUUAAACAAUUCGUAUUCCAUUUGAUAUGUUUUGCGCAUCUCAGGGGACCUUAAUGAGUAUAUGGGAAAGGGGGGGUGCAUCAAAUAGAGAAAACAAAUAGAGCCAAAAAGGGACUAGCUGGAUAAAAAUAACAAAUGACUGAGUCCCUGACCUUGGGGAGCUCAAGUUCAAGAAGCAUAAAUUGAAAGUUAAUCUGGAGUAACAAUGAUCUGAAUACCAGCUGUUCUCCAAUUUCUCUUUUUCAUAACCCAGCUAGCAUUUCUAAAACGUAAAUUUAAAUUUUAUUCCAGUCACCGUCAAGAGAAGAAACCUGUUCCAUGGGAAUGGAAGUACCAUUCCCCUUUUAGGUUGGCACAACUGUAAAAUUCUACCCAGGAUAAACCACUUCUCACCACAAAGUGUACUUGAAAAUAAGGUUUUUAACUUAAAUGAUAGGCCUAUUUCUCACAAUAAAAUAGGGGUCUUUUUUGGAAAAGUCUCAUCAUUUAUAACAUGGGUAGAAUUCAGAGCUUGAUUUAAAAUCCAACAACAACCAAAAAUGAUAUUUCACAGUCCGUUUUGGGAUCUCAAAGUACUUCCAAAGCAUCAGAUUCACAACUAACAAAGCAGAUCAUAUUUGUAAUACCCAUACUUGAAAUGAGUAAACAAAAAGAGUGACUUAAAUUAUCCACAAGUACAGUGGCAGCUAUCAUUAAUCUAUUUUCUAUCUGUUUGACAGACCGGCAUGAGAAAUCACUAAAUACAAUGCUAUUUUUCUGAUGUGUGCUAAUAAAGUCAAAGAAAACAAAUAUAACUUUACACCUUUGUCCAUUUUCAUUCAGAAACUUCAGGGUGUUUAGAAUCUUACACCUCCGCACACCUUACAAAUACUGGAUUACAAAGUGGGAGAUUAGCAGAUUAACAAACCCAAAUGCCAUUGCAGUCCAAGAGAGAUCCAGCCAUCCACCCUUGUUUACAGUUUCAUAUUGGGUUUCUAUAAUUCCCCUGCUAAAAUACCAUCUUCAAGAACAUGACUGCUCCAGGCAGUGGAAGGUGCUGUAACAAAUUUUAAUUAAAAACUUCAUCAAGUACUCUUUACAGUGUUCCAUAGCACCAUAGAAAUUCAAUACAAUAGAACAAGUCCUACUUUGUAGGAUCUGGAUUUCCAAGGGAGCUGAUCCAGUACUAAAGUGUUUUUUCAAAUUAGGACAUAUAAGAUCCUUGACAGGUGUCUUCUACAUUAUCACAGGCCAGUCCCCAAACCAACGACUAGCCAUGUACUCUCAGACCACAGCAGACCCAGGAAGAGAUUACUUCCCUCUUCCAUCCCCCUAUGGUAGUAUCAUCCUGCCUAUUGUCAAAGCUGCCAGUACUCUUCUAUUAGUGAGGAACUCUCUCACACACAUUUGGGGCUAGAACACGGGAAAAAUGAAUUCAGAAGCCAAGGGAGAUGUUGCUUUGCUUUAGGUUAGUAAACUAUGGGCAGGAAAGAGAUUACGAUCAGUCUGAGCUUUGCCAAGUAAGAUAAAAGAAUCAGCUGUUACCCCAUCCCUCUUACAGAAGGUUUUAUAGUAUUAAGGAUACAUCCAAUAUUUUCCAUAGAGUUUUAUUUAGGAGACAUUUCAUAAAUUAUAUAUAUGAAAAAUGUACUAUUAAAUUUCCUUGUGUGUUUGAAACAGGCAUUGGCAUCUCCCUGAUUGAGUUAAUCUCUGCGUCUUUUGCCGCAGCAUCCCAGACAGAGAUUCCCCAGUGAUCGCUCCUCUAAUACAUAAUCCUAUGUUUUUACAGUUGUUCUGUGACUUACAGUUGAUGAUUUGGAAGAUUCAGAAUUCUACAAAACUCAAGGGGCACUAACCCUUCUUAUGAUUAUAUGUUAUCGGUUAUGGGGCUUUAAUUGUUGAUUGUUGACUUCACGUGUGAGCACACACAUAUUGUGCCAACGUAGUGUUUCCAAGUGAGGCAGCGAUGACUCUGGAACAGUGGCAGUGAUGCAAAGUUAGAAGCUUGGCUGGUUCAUGUACAGCUGCCUACCUCCCUGUCCAAAGGCUGACCCAGGUACCCUCAUUCCCUUGCUUCCACCGAAAAACUGGUACCUGUGGGCCGGGGAUUUAGCUCAGUGGUCCCGCCGCCUGCCUCGAAAGUGCAAGUUCCUGAGUUCGAUCCCCGGUACCAAAAACAAAAAACAAAACAAAUCAAAAAGCUGGUACCUGAGCUCUCCUCCAAUAGUAUUCCUCUGCAGUUCUGGGAAGUUGGUCAGCAGUACACACUCGGCAGCCCUUCUCCUUCCCUUCCUCGAAGGACCCCGCCCUGCCUGCCUCACCUUCUCCCACCUAGAUCUGACAGUGCCACGGUUUCCAUAUUGGAAGGGCAGAAUACUGUGUGGUUGUGUACACAUCCGCUGGUUAGGAAUAAAGCUGCCCUAGAGUCACCUUCAUGUUAAAUAUUGACGGCCACAAAUUAAAGUCCUUAGAGCAGUUGACGUAGAUAAUGCUUUCUGGAAGAGAAUCAAAUUUAAACCUCAAGUUUAAAGGGAUCAUAAUUCUGCAGGUAUCUCUCUGAGUGACUGAAUGUGACUAUUGCAUUAGGGUAAAUGAAUUAAGAAAUGCAAGUGGGAUUUACUGUAUGUUAGAAAGGAGUUUUGCAGCCAAGACUGCCUUGAAUAAAAUGUGUUUGCACUGAAAAAAAAUUUAAAUUACUUGGUCUCUGGUUGCUGUAAAGGUCAUCCAAGAUGGAUGUUCUGUUUAUAUUGUAUAGUAUUUCAUAUGAAAUAAUUACAGUUCAUGAAAUGUCUUCCCUAAUGUUACUGAUUUAUAACAGCACAUUUGUAACAUGGUUUUUAUUGUGUCAGUGUACCAUAUUGUAAAUGAUGAUUACUUGUCAUGCUUAGUAUAAUAACUUAAGAGAAAAAAAAGGACAGGGAUUUUUGUAAGUCUAUAUUUGAAAGUCCCUCCAUAUGGUAAUAUUGUGUUCAUGUUGUUUAUGUAGUGUUGUGUGAAAUAUCCAUUUUGGAUUGUGUUACUUUUUAAGAUAUUAAAUAACAUUUGGUUAUAUGUC